AUGAUCGAAACAUUGGCGCAACAACGUGAGACUCGAAUUCUAAAAAGAGCAAGGAACAGCAAAUACGAAAAAGUGCGGAUCCAGUACGCACACGCAACGGACGGCAAUACUCGAGAAAUAUAUUCAGCACGGAAUAUUCGAGAAAAGUCAGAAGCACAGGUUAGGUUAAAAAGGUUGGAAGAAACCUUUUCUCGAUUCGAAAUCAUACAAGAUGAAAUUGAUGAGAUAAAGGAAAUCGAAGACGAGGAAGGAGAAGAUGCAGAAAGCGAAAUGGAAAGAAAACAAUUCGAAGAAAGAUACUACAAAGCAGCAGCAACGGCACAAGCAGAAUCUUGUACGGAACAACAAUGGAAUUCAUAGGGAAGAACGAUAUAGACCGAA